UACAAUUCUUUGGACAAAAUGAUAUCUGGAAAAACCAUCCUCGGUUUCUUGGUUAUUGUUUGUGGACUUUACGUCACAGAUGCGGAACCAGUGUUAAACCGAGUUCGCCGCCUGAUAAACGGCCAGGCGGAGCCUAACGGUCAGCCAUGGAUGACUGUGUUAGCCUACAAGAACACUCAGCCAAUGGAUGAGCGUCCUUACCUGGUCGUCUGUGGAUCUGUUCUCAUUGACGAAUCACACGUCCUCAUCACGGCACAUUGCUUCGACGAAAACAUAGUACCGAAAAGGGAGGGAUCGACACUCUUCGUUGUUCUGGGUCUUAAAGACAACUCUUGGGGGGCUACAAACGAUGUACAAGAAUUCGCCCUGGACGAUGUCCAAGCAUCUGUUACAGUGCUAAGAUAUUUAUGA